GGCCCGGAAUGCUACCCCUUGCCCUAAUGUAAAUCCACUCAUAGUUGUCUAUAAUGUAGGUAUUGAAUAGACACGAGUCCAAAUCAUCUAACUUUUGAAGUAUUGAGUUAACACCACCCUCUUAUCGAGUUGUGGUGUAAGGUCUUUCUUUCAAACCCAAGAUGGCGACGGUCAACGACGACUCAAAACUCUCUCCAUAUCUAUAUCUAUAACAAUGAUAUCAUGAAAAGAUUGCCAAAACACAAACCCCUGUAUUCAGAUUUUGAGUAGUGAUGAACAUGGCGAGUUCCAAAGUGUUGUUCAUCAUCAAAUCCAAGUCCAAACUCCAAUUCCAAUUCCUAAUCCUUCAUUCUUGCCUCUUAUUAUCACUAUCAUACACCACCAACAAUGGCUUCCACUCCAUAGAUCUCGAAUCUCUCUCUCACUCCUCCUCCUGCAACCACCACCCCUCCACCGGAAAACCAUCAAAACCACCCACACCAUCCACCAUCCAAGUCUACACCCCCUGCCCUCCCCUCCCCCUUACCGCCGACGACGCCCGCGUCCGCUCGAUCCAAGCCAAGGUCCGCCGUGCCACCACCUCCGACGCCUUCAACGACGUCAAAGCCACCCUCCCCGCCCACCUCGGCAUCGGCAAUUACGCCGUCACCGUCAGCCUGGGGACACCCCCCAAGUCCCUAUCCCUCAAUUUCGACACCGGCAGCGACCUCACAUGGACGCAAUGCCAGCCCUGUUCCGGAUCAUGCUACCCGCAAGACGAUCCGAUAUUCGACCCCUCCUCCUCGACUACAUAUUCCAAAAUACAAUGCGCCGCGCCGCAAUGCUCCACACUCCGAUUAUCCCCCGGCGUUUUUGCGACGUGCGCCGUCACCGACUGCAACUAUAGGCUGCAGUACGGCGACCGGUCCACCUCGGCCGGGGAGUUCAGUAAAGACACACUCACUCUGACACCAGAUGAUACCGUCCCCGACUUCCUGUUCGGGUGCGGCCAAGAAAACCGCGGCUUGUUUGUCAAGAGCGCCGGAUUGUUAGGCCUCGGUCGAGAUGCUAUCUCGAUCGUGUCCCAAACGGAGAAGAAAUACGGCAAAUACUUCUCGUACUGCCUUCCGUCGACGCCAUCCUCAACCGGGCACUUGACCUUCGGGAAAACGGGUUCGCCGUCGUCCGGUGUGGCAUUCGCCCCUUUCGCUAACUCACGCGGGACAUCGUUCUACUUCCUCGACAUCACCGGGAUUAGCGUAGCAGGGCAGGAACUAUCGAUCGACCGGACAAUCUUCACGACUGCCGGAAAUUUGAUAGAUUCCGGCACGGUGAUCACGCGCCUCCCUGCUACAGCUUACGGCGCGCUGAGUCAAGCAUUCCAGGAGGGGAUGACAAGUUAUCCGCGCGCACCGCCUACAACUUUACUGGACACUUGCUACGACUUGAGCAAUUUUACAACGGUCACACUUCCUCGGAUAGCCUUCACCUUUGCAGGCAAUCUGAAGGUAAAUUUAGAUUUCUACCAGAUGCUAUCUAUCCAUAGUAUACAGCAGGUGUGCCUUGCUUUCGCAGCGAAUCAAAACGACCAAGACGUGGGGAUCUUCGGCAACAUCCAGCAGAGGGGGUUGGAGGUGGUGUACGAUGUUGCCGGAGGGAAUAUCGGGUUAGGCCCGGGAGGAUGCUAGGCGAUCAAUGUGUCUAAGACACACCGGACCGGAGAAUCUAAUGUUCGAAUUUGAGGUUGCAAAGAAACAAGAACGGAGAUAUGUCUAACUAUUGCAAUGAUCAAAGUAUGAAUGAAUUACUGAGUCA